GCUGAAUUCCUGAAGAUCCCCACAUCGAUGAAAGCAAAGCCAAGCCACCAAGCCAUCACCAUGUCCACCUCGCUGCGAGUGAGCCCGUCCAUCCACGGCUAUCACUUCGACACAGCCUCGAGGAAGAAAGCCGUGGGCAACAUCUUUGAAAACAUAGACCAAGAAUCACUACAGAGGCUCUUCAAAAACUCUGGGGACAAGAAAGCAGAGGAGAGAGCUAAGAUCAUUUUUGCCAUAGAUCAGGAUUUGGAGGAGAAAACACGAGCCCUGAUGGCCCUGAAGAAGAGGACGAAAGACAAGCUCUUCCAAUUUCUGAAACUGCGGAAAUAUUCCAUCAAGGUUCACUGAGGACAAGAGAAUGGAUAAGAACAUUAUUCAAGAACGGACAUUUAAAGACCAAGUGAGUUUGUGACACCCUAACACACGCAGCAUUUUGUUGCUGCCUUGCAAGCUUCUCUUCCGUCAGGACUCCGGAGGCUGGAAAGGAACAGAACUAGUCACAAAGACUCCAACUAAUUUCACGCCAGUCCUGUUACAGUGGAGAACAAGAUGCUUUCAGCAAGGUUUUGAAAACGCUCCCUGUGUGAAACGACUGAUGCCGGUGUCAGGGGGAGUCUGGACAGAUGUAACGAGAACUGAAACGGAAGAUAACCGAUGGCUGGGGAGGAAUUGCAGCCAGGGUCUCUUUGUCAGCCCCUAGGACUUAAAUUCAACCUGAACUUUUUUUCCUUAACCAAAUUGGGUAGAGGGAGGCAGAGGGAGAGGGGGAACAGGGAGAGAGAGAAUACUGCGCUCCAAUUGUUUAAGGAACUUUCAUUUGAAUGUUGCCAAGCUUCAAAGUUGUCUAUUGGUAUAGAUUUUUAGAGAUGAGUAAUUGAUUAUUUAUUUGCAUUUAUUACAAUGCCUGAAAAAGUGCACCACAUAGGUGUUAAUUACAAAUUCAAGGAACUGCAAUACUUUAAGCAGCUCAGUAAAACUGUACGCCACCUUCUGGUUUGUAAAGGGUUUUUAUGUGUUUCAAACUGGUUGCACAAAAUUUAAAAUAAUGGGGUCCUUUAUAAACCCAAAGUACUGUGAAAAAAUUUUAUAAUUUUUUUAUCUUCUAACUAAUGCUAAAAUAUAAUCGAAUUAAAUUCCUUACAGUUACUGCAGUAAGAAAUAGGAAGUGAAUAUGAUAUACUAGUUUAUAAAGAUGUUAUGGUUUCUAUAAUUUAUUAUACAUAACAAAUGAUGUGCAACCAUAAUAAAUUAUUAUAAACUUAGCUGCUCUUGGUCUGUGAUGAUUGGUAUCAAAAGAAAAAAUAAGAUGGUCUAUUUUUAUUGUUAUAAAAUUUUAUAAACUAUUACAAACUUUUCUAAGGAUUUUACUCUGAGAGUAAAAGGUGCUUUUAGAGUAGCUUUACAUUAAUUGCCACACUUUUCAAAACAAAUUCUUACGUCAAAUAUCUAGGAAGUUUCUCUGUUCCAACUUUAAAAUAUAAGAUAUAGACAUAGAAAUUCAUAGAUUGACUCAUCAACAUUGUUGUUUAUAUAUCCAUUGAGAGUGAGUUUUAAAAGUCUUUUCUCUGCAUAUUUUUGAAAUUUUUCCUCUGUGGCUACAGUAGCUAUGUAUAUUUUUACAUUUAUUUCUCCCAAAACAAUAUAUUUUGGGGUUAGAGUCUGAAUUAUGAUCAAGACUCUGUGGGUUACCAAUGUUUAUUUAAUACAAACCAGUAUAGGAAUAACAUUACAGUCGUCUUGCUUAUUUCCUCAUAAAAUUAUAAUAAAAUAUUUUUAAGACAGCA